AAAGAACAACACAAUAAUGAGCGGACUCAUCAUAAUAAAACAUUUGCAGAUAAGUAUGAAGAUGGAUUUAAAGCCUCGGCUGCAAUAACAACUAAAACGAUAUAUAAUAGCUAUGCUGGGGCAUUAUUUACAUCAGUCUCCACCCACAUAAAAACCACAACAUGACGCAGAGUGCCAGAACAAGUCUAACAGCAGACGGUAUUCAUCCACACUGAAAUCAGAGAGCAUGCUGCCAAAACUGUUUGUCAUCUGCACCUUCAUUGGCUAUUUGAAUGCCUUUCAGGUCACGCAGCCCCAUCUUGUUGCUGCCAACAGCAGUGGAUUUGCCAUACUGACAUGUGACUACAAAUACAGCAAAGAGAUCGUAGAAUUAAAGAUUUACCUGCUGCGGGCAAGACACAAUGAUACAAUAAGUUGUGAGACUUCAGUCAACGAGAGCAAGAAAGGGAGCCUCUGCCUGAUGGAACGUUACAACAACAGUGUGACCCUCACCAUCUCACGGCUCAAUGUCUCGGAUGCAGAUCUGUAUGUCUGCAGAGUGGAAAUAAGAUCUCCUCCUCCCUUUGUUUAUGCUGAGGGGACAGGGACCAUAGUAUAUGUUGCUGAGACGUCGCAGAUUCCACAUCCUGAAUAUACCGACUUUAAUUGGCCUGUGGUCUGGAUUACUGCAGGAGUCAAUGGGCUUCUCUUGCUGUACUGCAUAAUCAUAACUCUUACCUACUUACACUUGAAGAAAAGAAACACGGGUGAACCUGAAAGCAACAGUGAAUACAUGGAUAUGAGGAAAGUGUUGUCAGAAAAUACAAACAGGAAGAAAGAAAGGGACAGAAACCACAAUUCUGAACAAUUCCAUUUUUAAUUAUAUUAUUCCUCACAUACAGUGUUAUUUUAAUGAAACUGUAGAAGUCAACUCAUGUGCAUUUUGUUUUACAUAAUAUACUGUGGUAUUAAUUAAAACAUGAAAGAAGAAGCUUCAUAACAGCAGAGCAAAUGCAUUGUAGUAAACAAGAAUUUUGACAUUAAAUUGUGAAAAUGAUUAUGUUUCUCCCACUUUGAGCCAAGAACUCGCUUGACUGUUAUCACAGUGAUAUUACUGUUAGUACCAAGACAAUCUUCUAUACUGUCAUGAACGAGAGGCACUGUCGCUAUUCAGCUACCUCCCAUGGCUCAUGCCCAUGCACUGUAUGUUCAAACCAUAAUAUUAGAAGGAGGCUGAGCAAAAUAAAAUCAAAGUUUUUGCUGCUAACAAUUAUGAUGGGCAAAAUAUACACAGCAGAUGUUGUUGUACAAACACACCCCACUGCUUCUGUCAGACAGACUGACCGACAAAAAUGCAAUGUGUUGGUUAAAACUGACAACAUUCCGCCAGUUUCAUUCAGCGAUUUUGCUAUAUGGAGAACUUUAUUAUAGGGAAAGACUGAAGCUCCUAAAGCCUCCCCUUUAAAACCGUUUUGCUCACUUUAAGCUAUUUUAAAUCCUGCUAGAUCAUUACUGAUUGUAUUUUAUAUGUGUUAUUGUAUUUGUGUUUAUAUUUGCUGAAAUGUGCCAUUAUUGUAAAAAAAAAAUGGUUAUAUCAUGGUUACAUAAUAAAAAAAUGCAUGUGUAAGUGUUAG